UUUGUGAUUAUACUGAUCAUGUAAUGACAACUAUCUCAUACAUUACGUUAUUAAACCGUGGAUCAGACUGAAGCUUCUUCAUCAGCAGAUUAGACUAAACUGUGUGGCAAAACAAUGGGUAGAUCGCCGUGUUGUGAUAAGGCCGGGUUGAAGAAAGGGCCUUGGACACCAGAAGAGGAUCAGAAACUUCUGGCUUAUAUUGAAGAACAUGGCCAUGGAAGCUGGCGUUCUUUGCCUGAGAAAGCCGGUCUCCAAAGAUGCGGAAAGAGUUGCAGACUCAGAUGGACUAACUACCUAAGACCUGACAUCAAGAGAGGCAAAUUCACUGUACAAGAAGAACAAACCAUCAUUCAACUCCAUGCUCUCCUCGGAAACAGGUGGUCAGCGAUUGCAACUCAUUUACCAAAAAGGACAGACAACGAGAUCAAGAACUACUGGAACACACACUUGAAGAAACGUCUGGUCAAAAUGGGGAUAGAUCCAGUGACCCACAAGCACAAAAACGAGACACUUUCGUCUACCACAGGUCAAUCCAAGAACGCAGCCACACUUAGUCAUAUGGCUCAAUGGGAGAGUGCUAGACUCGAAGCUGAAGCAAGGCUAGCUAGAGAAUCAAAGCUUCUCCAUUUACAGCAUUACCAAAACAAUAACCUUAACAAAUCAGCUCCUCAACAACAUUGCUUCACUUAUAAAACAUCAACAAAUUGGACUAAACCAAACGAAGGAAACGGAGAUCAACAGCUUGAAUCUCCGACAUCGACGGUGACAUUCUCCGAGAAUCUUCUCAUGCCUUUAGGAAUCCCGACGGAUAGCAGAAAUAGAAACAAUAACAAUGAAUCCUCUGAGAUUCCGGCGAUGAUUGAAUUCGCCGUCUCUUCCUCAACCUCCUCCGAUGUGAGUCUGGUCAAAGAACACGAACACGACUGGAUUAGGCAAAUCAACUGUCCUAGUGGAGGAAUAGGAGAAGGAUUCACGAGCCUUCUGCUCGGUGAUUCAGUCGGCCGGAUUUUACCCACCGGGAAAAACGAAGCGACGGUCGCCGGAGCCGGCGUGGUGAAUGAGAGUGAGUAUAAUUACUAUGAGGAUAACAAGAAUUACUGGAAUAGCAUUCUCAACUUGGUUGAUUCUUCACCGUCCGAUUCCGCCACGAUGUUCUGAUCUAAGGGUCUAUAAUUAUUUCUC